AUGUCGACCGGAAAGGAAGAAUACGAAAUCCAGGACGUGGAAAAACAGUCGCGCUCGCGGCUCGAGCUGUCGGACGACGACUCGCAGCCCAUUGUCGAGACCUCGGAGCAUACUCGGCUGUCGUUCGUGGACCGCAUGGCGGCCAAGCUGCGUGCCGAGACCAAGGGUAUUGAGCCUAUUACGGAUGAGGAGAAAGACGACAACUCGAUCCUCAACGCCGCGUCGAUGUGGUUCUCCGCCAACAUGGUGAUUGCCGCGUUCGCGCUGGGUGUUCUGGGACCUUGUAUUUUCGGACUCAACUUCUUCGGGUGUCUGCUCGCAGUGCUGAUCUUCGCCACGCUGGGUAUUUUGCCCGUGGCGUUUUUCUCCGUGUUCGGCGCGGAACUGGGUCUGCGUCAGAUGGUUCUGUCGCGUUACCUGCUGGGCAACGCCACGGCGCGUAUCUUCGCUCUGAUCAACGUUAUUGCGUGUGUCGGCUGGGGUGCGGUGAACACCAUCGCGUCCGCGCAGCUGCUGCACAUGGUCAACCCAGGUGGCGCGCGCUGUCCACCUUGGGCCGGCUGUAUAAUCAUCGUUGUGUCCACCAUCAUCGUUACCUUUUUCGGCUACCGUGUCAUUCACGCCUACGAGAAGUUCUCGUGGAUCCCUAACUUCGCCGUUUUCCUCGUCAUCAUCGCCCGCCUCAAAAUCGACGGCUCCUUCACUGUGGGCCCAUGGGUCUCUGGCACUGCUGGCGCGGCCAGCGUGCUAUCCUUCGGUGGUGUGAUCUUUGGUUUCGCCUCCGGCUGGACCACCUACGCCGCGGACUACACCGUUUACAUGCCCCGCAGCACCAACAAGCCCAAGGUCUUUUUCUUCGUGCUUGUCGGCCUAAUGUUCCCAUUGUGUUUCGCCAUUCUGCUGGGUUCUGCUUGCGCUAUGGCCACUUUCAACAACAAGUCUUACGCAUCCUACUAUGCGGAUGAGGGUACCGGUGGCUUGAUCUUUGCCAUCCUCGUCGACAAGUCGCUGCACGGUUUCGGCCAGUUCUGCUGCGUCUUGCUCGCCAUGUCUACCGUCGCCAACAACAUCCCUAACAUGUACUCCAUUGCCCUGGGUACCCAGGCUCUGUGGGAACCACUGGCCAAGAUUCCUAGAGUGUUCUGGACCAUGGCUGGUAACUUGGUUACCUUGGCUAUUGCCAUUCCAGCCUACUACAAGUUCGAGAGCUUUAUGACCAACUUCAUGGACGCCAUCGCCUACUACUUGGCCAUCUACAUUGGUAUCUCGAUUACCGAACACUUUGUGUUCAGAAAGGGCAAAUUCAGCAACUACAAUGUGGACGACUGGGACAGCUGGGCCAGACUGCCCUUGGGCAUCGCGGGCUGCUGCGCCUUGUUUGUCGGUGCUGUCGGUGUCGCUGUCGGCAUGGAGCAAACCUACUGGACUGGUGAAAUCGCCAGAAAGAUUGGAACGUUUGGUGCCGACAUUGGCCUGGAGCUUGGCUUCGGCUUUUCCGUCAUUGUCUACCUUGCGCUGAGACCACUUGAGCUGAAAUUCAUCGGCCGUUAA